UAUCCUAAUUCUCCUUCACAACUUUUUAACGCCAUGAAUUUUCUCAAGGUUAUAAACCAAAAUCCCUUGGUUUUCACUUCUUCUUCCUCUUCUUCUUCUUUAACUUUGUGCGGAGCGAGCACGUCUAGAUUUUCCAGACCAAAGUUGAUUAAACAUUGACUAAACAAUGAAAAGAAGCCCAUCUUCAAGCACAAAAGUCAAAUCCAAUGGAGAAAAAAACAGUUGAAUGCCACUAGUGAACAUGAACAAAUAAAUAUACUGAGAAAAGGCAGUAACUUUAAAAUCUUCUCAACAUCAAGAAACCAGCAGACCACUCAGUCAAAAAAAGAAGAAAAAAAAAUGAACCUCCUCCACUCUCUUCUCCUACUCCUUCCUCUCCUCCUCUUCAUCACCACUAAGUCAACAGCAACCAUACCACCAGGCUCCUCUCUUUAUGCCUCUAACACAAGCCGAACCUGGUCAUCUCCAAACAACACUUUCUUUCUGGGCUUUACUCAAGUGGGCACUUCCUACACUGUUUCCAUCUCCUACGCUGCUGGAGUUGCCAUCUGGACAACCGACAGUGUUGUCAGUGGCACUGCCUCUGCAGCUGUUGUUGACAGCGGUGGAGUAUUCCAGUUCCUCCGCAACGGCAAUCUCCGCCUCGUCAACGGUUCAGGUGCCACCGUGUGGACCUCCAACACUGCCAAACUUGGUGUCACUUCUGCUUCCCUUGAUGACACGGGAAAUCUAGUACUGGCAGCCAACACUUUUGCUGUAUGGUCCAGUUUUGAAAACCCAACCGACACUCUUGUCCCUUCACAGAACUUAACAGUAAACCAAACUUUACGAUCUGGGGUUCACUCUUUCCGUCUUCUAAGCAAUGGAAAUAUUACUUUGACAUGGAAUGACAGUGUUGUGUACUGGAAUCAAGGCUUGAGCUCUCUUUCAGCUUUGAACGUGACUUCUCCAACCUUGCGAUUGCAGCCAAAUGGGAUCCUAACUCUUUCAGAUGCUAGUUUGAGAAGAUCAGAGAAUGUUGCUUUUGGCAAUGAUUAUGGAGAAGGGGCUGAUGUAAUGAGAUUUUUGAGGUUUAGUGAUGGGAAUUUGAGAAUGUAUAGUGGUGGAACUACAACUAUGACAUGGGCUGUUUUAGCGGAUCAGUGUCAGGUUUAUGGAUACUGUGGAAACAUGGGGAUCUGUAGUUAUAACGAAUCAAAUUCGAGUCCGAUCUGUAAAUGCCCAUCUCUGAAUUUUGAGGCAGUAGAUGUGAAUGAUAGGAGAAAGGGGUGUAAGAGAAAAGUGGAGGUUGAGGAUUGUGUGGGGAAUGUAACAAUGCUGGAGUUGAAGCAGACCAAAUUUUUUACUUUCCAGGCUCAGCAAAUUGUUUCUAUUGGGAUAACAGCUUGUAGAGUGAAUUGUUUAUCAAGUACUUCUUGCUUUGCUUCCACUUCUUUCUCAGAUACAAAUGUAUGGUGUUACUUGAAAAACUCACCUGAUUUUGUUAGUGGAUAUCAGGGUCCAGUGCUUCUUAGUACAUCUUAUGUAAAGGUUUGUGGAACAGUACAGCCAAAUCCUUCGCCUUUGCAGCAGAGUGGAGGGGACAAAAAGUGCUGGAAAUUGCGGGUUUGGGUUGUCGGUUUUGUGGUUGUGGUCACUAUUUUGGUUAUGGCCGCUUUAGCGGGUUUAUUUUGGUGGUUUUGUUGUAAAACUAGUCCCAAAUUUGGAGGUGUGUGGGCUCAGUAUACACUUCUUGAAUAUGCCUCUGGUGCUCCUGUUCAGUUUUCAUAUAAGGAUCUGCAUCGCUGGACAAAGAGGUUCAAGGAUAAGCUUGGAGCAGGAGGAUUUGGAGCUGUUUAUAGAGGAGUUCUAGCUAACAGAACAGUGGUUGCAGUGAAGCAACUUGAGGGAAUUGAACAAGGUGAGAAACAGUUUCGGAUGGAAGUUGCAACUAUAAGCAGUACUCACCAUUUGAAUUUGGUCAGAUUGAUUGGAUUUUGCUCCGAAGGGCGUCACAGGCUUUUAGUAUACGAGUUCAUGAAAAAUGGGUCCUUAGAUCAUUUCCUGUUUAGGACAGAAGAUCAGUCAGAGAAAUUGUUGAAUUGGAAGAACAGGUUCAACAUUGCUCUUGGGACUGCAAGAGGAAUCACAUAUCUUCACGAGGAAUGUCGAGAUUGCAUUGUUCAUUGUGAUAUCAAGCCAGAAAACAUUCUGUUGGAUGAAAAUUUCAAUGCCAAGGUAUCUGAUUUUGGCCUUGCAAAGCUUAUCAGCACGAAGGACCAAAGAUACCGGUCCUUGACAAGCAUUAGAGGCACUAGAGGGUAUUUGGCACCAGAAUGGCUAGCAAACCUCCCAAUAACAUCAAAAUCUGAUGUUUACAGUUACGGGAUGGUUUUGCUGGAGAUAGUGAGUGGGAGAAGGAACUUUGAGGUCUCAGCAGAAAUCAAUGAAAAGAAGUUCUCAGAGUGGGCUUAUGGGGAGUUUGAGAAGGGUAAUGUGGCGGCAAUUGUUGACAAAAGACUUGCUGAUCAGGGUGUGGACAUGGAACAAGUGAUGAGGGCUGUUCAGGUUAGCUUUUGGUGCUUUCAGGAGCAUCCUUCUCAAAGGCCAACAAUGGGAAAAGUAGUGCAGAUGCUUGAGGGAAUUAUAGAGAUUGCAAUGCCACCAGCACCCAAGGCCUUGACAGAAGGGUCUAGUAGUGGAACAAGUACGAGUUUGAGCAGUAAAGAUGGUGCUCACUCUACUUAUGAAGCCUCGGCUCCACCUCCCUCUUCAUCUUCAUCAUUUCAAACUGCAGGCAUAUCGCCUUUCAUCUCAGAGAGGAUUAUGGAGAAGCAAUCUUCAUCAUUUUUAGGAUCAUUUCAAACUAAAUCUCGUUAGCAUUCAUGGUUUUUACUAGUCCAAUUUUUGUUCAGCCAACUUGUAACUAAGCAAGCAUUGAAAUUUAAGAAAUUGUAUCUGUAGUUUGAGUUUAGACAACAAAUCAUAUGUUUAUAUGAUCUCAUUGCUGCUAUAAAAAGACGAAGAUUGGAGCUCA